AUGAACGGCGUCCGCAAGACCUUCGGAGCAAAGGUCGCGGUCGAAGGGAUCGACCUCCAGAUCCCCCAAGGAUCCAUGUACGGCUUCAUCGGACCAAACGGCGCCGGGAAAACCACAACCAUCCGGAUGAUCAUGUCCAUCCUCUUCCCAGACGCCGGAGAACUCAGCGUCCUCGGAAAGAAAUCCGCCGUCGAAUCCAAAGACCGUAUCGGAUACCUCCCCGAAGAACGAGGCGUGUACAAGAAGAUGAAGGUGGCCAACUUCCUGAUGCACAUGGGAAGACUCAAAGGUCUCGACGCUCGAGGACUCAAACCCAAGGUCAUGAACUGGCUCGAACGCGUUGAACUCGCUGAAGUGAGCAAAAAGAAAUGCGAAGAACUCUCGAAGGGCAUGCAGCAGAAAGUCCAGUUCAUCGCAUCAGUCCUCCACGAGCCCGACCUGAUCAUCCUCGAUGAACCCUUCUCAGGACUCGACCCCGUCAACAUGCGCCUCCUGCGUGAUCUCAUCAACGAGCAGCACACCAACGGCAAGACCGUCAUCUUCUCCACCCAUGUCAUGCAGCAAGCCGAGCAGAUCUGCGACCACAUCGUCAUGAUCCACCAAGGCAAAAAAGUCCUCGACGACACACUGGGAGCGAUCCGUACGCGAUUCGAUCCGCACUCCAUCCACCUCGACACCAUCGGGCCAGACGAUCACACAAAUCAAAUCAACAGUGUCGAAGGCGUCGCGAGCGUCCGACAGCACGAGGGUAUCUACGAAGUCAAGAUCGACGAAUCAAUCGAUCAACAACGAGCGAUGCAGAGCAUCCUCGCCUCUAUCCCAGCCGCAAAGAUCGAGAUCAAACGACCCACCCUCGAAGAUGUCUUUAUAGAAAUCGUCACCGGCGGAGACACCCACGACGAUCCAGAACAACUCCGAGCCCAGCUCCUAGCCGGAUCCUCAAAUGAAGAGGAGGACGACUCAUGA